AUGUCUGUUCAAACUCCUGAUAUUUUCAUCCGUCCAUUUCACCCAAAGGAUAGCAAAGAAGUCUACAUGCUGGUCGGAAUGAGUGCCAUGGAACAGUUGGCCAUCGCAAACCGUAAAUCGUAUUCUCAUCCCCUGUUGAUAAGCCUCUGGAUUCUAUCCGCAAGUGUGCUAAUACAAGUAUUCCACCUCUGGCCGUCCGACUCGGAACAGGGCUGGAUAAGUUAUCUUUCUCCUGUUCCUCCCAUCGCGGGUAUAGCCGUACCAUUCCUAUUUGCCAUGGACUGGUUACACCGGCCGCAAUUUGAGGAAAUGCUACAGAUCAGGAUCAAAGCGUUCGCCAAAGUCGCGUUGUUAUCCGAGCCCAAGCCUAGCUCGGCCAAGCCUCUGUUGCUAGUUAUGGAGUACAAACAACGCCCAUCGGUUGUGCCGUUCUCCCCUGACCUUCUUUCCUAUGUUAUCAAGGACUUGGCAAAAACUAAUGCCGAUAUCGUCGCCGUGACCAACCCAUUGACACCCUACGUUGCUGAAUGUCUCCGUCGAGUCGGAUUCAAACCAGAUCAGGAAGCCAUUCAAAUCUGGGAUACCGAGAGGCAAAAGAACGAUCUAGACGGCCAAGGCGGAAAGGAUAUUGAAAAGGACAAGGUGUUUCUGGUGGACACCCGACGAAUAGGGUGGAGACUAAGUUGGGCAUGA